GGUUCAGAGUCAGUUCAGUUGAUGGAGAGUGCUCGUCGCCGGUUGGUCAUAUAAACACCUAUUCCGAACGCCAAAACUCAUAGAAAACAACGCGCGCUUAGCUCACCGCGCGGCACGGUCACCGAUGAGUGUUGUUUCUUUCGUAUAAAAGCGUUAAUUGAACGUUCUGCCAGGACUAGUACGAACUCAACGUUUGUGAGGCGCGGCACUUUAAAUUUUUGGUUUGUGCCGUCGUUUCCGUUUCUCUCCCUAUCACUCCAAGGACCACGAAAUCGGAUCUAGCUAUUGAUCUACGAUUGAUAGCGAUCUGUUAAGCGAAGAGAACGAAAAACUACUUAUAAAAGUUACAAGUUACGAAAGUUUUCUGUGAGUGUGGAGAAAUUUCAAGGGUAGAUACGCGUGUGACAAUUGUAGCUGAUAGUGGCAAUUCGUGUUCAGCAAAGGGAGCUCGGAAUUAUCGUGCCGCUGUUUUACAACACCGUCUCCAGUUGUGUAUUUUCGAGUGCUAUCAAAUAGUAGGUACAACACUAAAAACGCUUCACUGUAAUCUACAGACCCGUUUUUUGUGAUAUCGAACAGCUUAAGUAGACCAGCAGUAGUUGUGUUGCUAAAUAUUUGCGAAACUAAUUACUCUCGGGACAUAAUUUAAGAGAGAAAACGUGCUGGUAAAUAGAAGUGCUGUUAAGAUCGAGCCAAUUAUUAGAUCGUUCUAUUGAGAUAGCAACGCUGUACACAAAUCGCACAUAAAAUGGGUAGCUCGUACAAACUUGGAAUGGAUGAGCUUUCGGGCAAGACGGGCAAUAUCUGGAAGGCAGUAUUGGCAGAAUUUGUCGGUAUUUUCAUACUCAACUUUUUCGGAUGUGCAGCUUGCACUCAUGCCGCUGGUGAUAAGACGCUCAUUUCGCUGGCUUUCGGGCUCAGCGUUUUCAUGGUUGUGAUGUCUAUUGGCCACAUCAGUGGAGGUCAUAUCAAUCCAGCCGUGACUGCUGGUCUGUUGGCAGCAGGGAAAGUAAGCCUUAUCCGUGCUGGGAUGUACGUUGUUGCUCAAUGUGCUGGUGCAGUAGCUGGGACCGCCGCUCUCAAAGCUCUCCUACCUGCAGCCUACCAAAAUGGUUUGGGACAUACAGGCCUGAAAGAACACGUGCAGGACAUGCAGGGAUUGGGUAUUGAAUUUUUCCUCGGCUUCAUACUGGUUUUAUGCGUGUUUGGUGUAUGCGACGAAAAUAAACCAGAUUCAAGAUUUGUAGCUCCAUUAGCUAUUGGACUGACCGUUACUUUGGGUCAUUUAGGGGUAGUUGAAUACACCGGAGCCAGCAUGAAUCCUGCUCGUUCAUUUGGAACUGCUUUCAUUAACGAAAACUGGAACAGUCACUGGGUCUACUGGGCUGGUCCAAUCCUUGGAGGUAUCUGUGCAGCGCUCCUCUAUAGUCAAGUUUUCAAAGCUCCCCGCUCAGAAGAACCUACAGAACGCUACCGAACUGUUGCCGAUGAAAAAGAGGCAUUCAAUACGCAUCUUAAAUUGAAAUACAUCGAUGAAGAUGCCUAGGCAAUUACAUUACAAAUCUAAAGUACCUACAUAUAUAUUGUAGGAGUUGAGGCGCCUGGAUGGCAAGCAUGAUAUGGCUUAGAAACAUACAGUGAAGAAACAGUAUUUUAAAACCUUUAUAAGUGAACGUGGUAUAGACAUAAGUGAUUUCGAAUAUUCAUUAAUGGAAUAUUUCUUCAGCAAGAAUUAAAUCACACACAGGUUCGAUCGUUUCCAUUUCUGGCUCUGCAGAAACACUGGUUUGAUUACAAUUUUCAACCCGAUUAUUAGCAUUAGUUCCUUGAAAGCGAAUUUUAAGUGUUAACAUUUAUGCCAUUACUCUAUUAUUAAAAUGUGUGCCUAAGUUAUUAUACGCUAGAAAUAAAAUGUUAAAAUAUA